CACAACAAUAAUAAGGAAGUUUGUGUGCAGUUGGCAGAAAAUUUGGCGAUAUUAUUCCCUCAUGUAGGAUAUUAAAAUGAGAUUUUUAGCCGUCAUUGUGCAUUUUCUUUGCUGCUUUUUGUCGUAUGGAGUUGGCGAAAACGAGCCAAUUCAGACCUUUGUAAUUCCCCACAGUCACAUGGAUGUUGGCUGGGUGUACACUAUCCAGGAGAGCAUGCAUGCCUAUGCAGCCAAUGUGUACACCAGUGUGACUGAGGAGCUGUCAAAGGCUAAAGACCGAAGGUUCAUCGCUGUGGAGCAGGAGUUCUUUCGACUGUGGUGGGACACUGUGGCCUCAGACUCCCAUAAGAAACAAGUACGACAGCUUGUGAAAGAGGGUCGACUUGAGUUCAUCAUCGGGGGCCAAGUGAUGCACGAUGAGGCUGUAACUGAUCUAGAUGAUGAGAUACUCCAAAUGACAGAGGGCCACGGUUUCCUCUAUGAGACGUUCGGGGUGCGUCCUCAGUUCUCGUGGCACGUGGAUCCGUUUGGAGCCUCGGCCACCACGCCGGUCCUCUUUGCCCUGGCGGGGUUUAAUGCUCACCUCAUCUCUCGCAUUGACUACGACCUCAAGAACACCAUGCAGCAACAGAAGAAACUACAAUUUGUGUGGAGAGGUUCUCACUCUCUGAAGGAGCGGCAUCAGAUCUUCACUCACACCAUGGACCAGUUUAGCUAUUGCAGCCCAUCUCACCUGCCAUUCUCCAACAGCUCUGGUUUCUAUUGGAACGGAGUUGCCUUGUUCCCCAACCCCCCUAAAGAUGGAGUCUACCCCAACAUGAGUCUGCCAGUCACUAAGGAGACAGUACACGCCUACGCCAAGACCAUGGUGGAGAACAUCAAGCAGAGAGCUGGAUGGUUUAAGACGAACCACGUGCUCUGGCCAUGGGGUUGUGACAAACAGUUCUACAACUCGUCGGUGCAGUUCAACAACAUGGACCCUUUAAUCAAGUACAUCAACCAGAACAGCAAAGAGUUUGGGGUGACAGUCCAGUACGCUACUCUUAGUGAAUACUUCCAAGCCAUCUACCAAUCGAAUCUCACCUGGGAAGUCCGCGAUAGUGAAGAUUUUCUACCUUAUUCCACUGAACCCAACCAGGCGUGGACAGGGUUUUACGCCUCCAGGAACGUCCUGAAAGGGGUGGCACGACGAGCCAGUUCCCAGCUACAUGCAGCGGAGAGUCUUUUCACGCGGUACCGCAUCAGCUUCCCUGAUGGUCCUGUGGCUAAAGACUGGGCCCUGGACAAACUGAGAGCUCUGCGUUGGGCCGUCUCUGAGGUCCAGCACCACGAUGGCAUCACUGGCACUGAGUCGCCCAAGGUGGCUGACAUGUACCUGCAGCACCUGACGCAGGCUAUGAUGGGAGUGGAGGAGCUCCUGGCUGCACUCUUCCUGCUGCCCCACAACCUUGAAACACCCGGUAUCCUCCGCAGCAGCUACCACAGGAAAGGUGCUCAUCAGACUUUGGAGCAGCAUGUCAUUGUUUACAACCCGUUAGCAUGGAACAUCACCACUAUCAUCAACACCACUGUAGCGUUCCCUAUCGCAGCUGUCUUUGAUGACAAUGGACAGCCUGUACCUGCACAGAUCCAGAAGUCAGCGUUGUCCAAUGUGACCUAUGACCUUUUCAUUAUGGUGAGCCUGGGAGGUCUUCAGCACAGGAAAUACCUGAUUAAGUUUUCCGAAAAACCGUGCCGUGGGAAGUCCAAGUGUGAUCGGACUUAUGAAGCCAGAGGGGUCACGUUUGAGAGACGCAGCAUCCGGGACUGGACCAAAACAGGGAGGAGGCUUCUGCCAGUUCUGAAUGAAUGUUACAAGCUCAUGUUUGACCAGGAUACAAAUCUGCUGUACAGCAUCACGUAUCUAGAAGAGAAAAGGAGAGUAAGGAUGACCCAGGAUUUCUGGGAGUAUCACGCAAAUGGAGAUUUAAAAGCAGGGCCUAUAUCUGAUAACUACAUGUUCAGCGCCAAUGGUUCAGCAGUGCGGGCCUACAAGGCUGUGGAAAUGGAAAUCAUCCCGGGGAAGAUAGUAACUGAGAUCAGGCAAUACUUCUACAGAGAGGAGAGCGAUAAGGACUAUGCCUUCUCUAUCACCACCCGUGUCCCAGAGUGCGUCGGGAGCAAAGUGCAGUGUAGUAGGCUGGAGCAGACCUACAGAGUGGGCCCCCUCCUCAUCAACACAGAGGUGGUCCUCAGGAGCAGCUCUUCUGUGAAGAACAAUAAGACCCUGUACACAGACGACAAUGGCUACCAGAUGAUGAAGAGGCCGUACAGGAAGUUCUUUUACAACACUUUAGCAAGAAACUACUUCCCCAUGGUCCGUGCUGCAUACAUAGAGGAUGAGCUCAGCAGACUGGUGCUGGUCAGCGACAGAGCCCACGGUGUGUCCAGCCAAGCCAACGGACAACUAGAGGUCAUGCUCCAUCGACGCCUUUGGAACAACUUAGCCUGGAACCUGGGCUACAAUCUGACCCUUAACGACAGCACGGUCGUGCAGCCCACCCUGUGGAUGAUGCUGGGCUCUAAAAGCGCCACCUCUAAGCUCUACCAGAGGGAGGCAAUAGAGCUGCAGCACAGACCUGUCAUCAUGCCCAUCGACCAACCUCAGAAGCCCUUGCAGGAGAAGGAGCCUAGAGGACGUUCCCCCGUGCGUUCGGUGGUACUGCCGCCCAACCUCCACCUGCUCAGCCUCAAUAUUCCCGGCUGGAACUACAGCUCUAAUCACGACGUUCACAUCAGCCACGUACAAUCAGGUAAAGAUUUGCACUCGGAACCAGACUACGAUCGGGUCCUGGUGAGAAUCAUGCAUCUCUUUGAGGAGGGAGAAGACCCCGAGCUUUCGAAGCCAGUCACCAUAAACUUGAAGGAUGUUCUGCGGGGGAUAGGGGAAGUGAAAGGGAUGGAGGAGCGCUCUCUCACAGGAACCUGGGAUAUCGGCAGCCUGCAGAGGUGGAAGUGGAAGACUGCAGAUAACUUUGAACAAAAGAGUAGAAGCUGUCGGACGUGUGGCAACGAAGCUUUCACUGUGACCAUCUCACCCAAAGAAAUCAGGACCUUCUUCCUUCACUUCAGCUCCAACAACUUUUAUUAGGCUGAACUAUCUUUUGUCUUCUGUGAAGAUCAAUCUUUAUACAAAAUAACAAAAUGCUUUUAAAAUGCUGUGUUUUUUGGCUACACUUUUGGUUAAUGCUCAUUUUGCACACACUGUUGAUUUAUUUCAAAGCACCGAUGUGUUGAUUAAGUGUGAACGUU